AUGUAUCCGAGCACCUGUAAUAGUACACGAGCCUCGUCGAGGGUAGAUACAUCGAUCGAUGUAUCCUUACCCACGGCGCCGAAAAGCAAGCUCUUUGCAUUCCUCGUCGGCGUCGACGAGUAUGCGGAUCCUAAGCUCAACCUGUUAGGUGCAGUCAAAGACGCACAGAAGAUCAAGACUUUCCUGCUUCACCAACAACCUCCCGUCAGCAAGGACCGCAUCAUUCUUCUCAAGAACUCCCGUGCGACCGCGGAUACGAUCAUCGAGUUCCUCCAGUAUCUAUGUCUCUCCACCGCGGACGAGCUUCAAGUCGGGCGCGGCGGCCAUGCCAAAGAGGACAUUCCGCCCGAGAUGCGUGGCAAAGAGCUGCCCGCUUACGGCGACCCCAUCCUGAUCUACUAUGCUGGACACGGCAGUACACUCCCGAAACCAGAGGGCUGGGUGAGCGAAAAUUCGCGCAUCCAGUGCCUGUCGCCGCACGACGCCCGCGUCGGCCCCAAUAAUACAGUGAUCAAUGUCAUCCCCGACAGGACCUUCGGCGCGCUCCUCGAGCGCCUAGCGGAUAAGAAGGGCAAGAACAUUACCGUGAUCCUCGAUUGCUGCCACUCCGGCUCGGGCACUCGCAACGACGCCGUGCCCCGCGGCAUGGAGUUCAAGUCAGUCGAUGACAAGGAACUCACGCUCGACCCGAUGUACCAACGAGACCUGUGGGCCAGCGCUCAACGGGGCAUUCCCUAUAUGGCCAACUUCGCCAACACUGGCUUGACGUCUCAUGUCGUUCUGGCGGCUUGCGGCCCGGACGAGAGCGCCUAUGAGGACCGUGAGAAGCAUGAGGGCCGUUUCACGUCGGCUUUCCUGGGCGUCCUCGAGAAUGCCGGCACGGACACCUUGACCUAUUCGGAGUUGAUUGGGCGUUUGGACAAUUUGCCAUCCCAAACUCCUCGAUGCGAAGGACGUGACAAGCAUAAACGGAUCCUCUUCGACGCGGGUCUCAAGCAGCGCGAUCGUGACUGCUACGGUAUCGAACCCAACAAGGAACCUGCCACCGCAGCACCGUAUCUCAUCCGUGCGGGACAGAUCAACAGCGUGGGCAAGGACGACGUGUUCGCCGUGUACCGCGAUCGGAGCACGUACUCAUCGGGAGGAGAUGCCGUCGGCCAUCUCGUCGUCCAAUCUGUCACCUCAGACUCGAGCUUCGUGUCGUUCUUAGACAACUCCGCCUUCGACAUCCCCGACAUCGGCAACGCUGUUGCGUCCUUGUCUCGCGUGAAGAGUCCCGACGCUUUUCGUGUCAACGUCAAGAUCGACGGUGGCCAAUACCCGGAACUUCGACAGAGGGUAGAGGAAGCUCUUAAGCAGGUUGUCCAGGAGUCCGUCGAAUCAAUCAACACCGGCCCAUCGGACAAAUCUGCACCUCGCGUCGCCAGGUCGUCUGCGAACAAGGCGUCCAUCUCCAUUGCUCAUCAUAAGGACAACACCGUCUACUUCGAGUUCGAGAGCGGCAUCAUCUACGAGACGCUGGGGCUCAAGCGCCUGGGCGGGCCUAUGAAGGGCGACCAUACGAUUCUCCUCCCCGCCCUGCGGUCUGCCGCCCACUUCUUCCGUCACCUCGGUUCAUCCCCAUCCCCCAAGUCCGCUCAUCUUCUGCGUCAACAUGUCGAUGUGCGAAUUUGCGAGCUGGAUGGUGGUGUGGAGAUUGGUAAAGAUGGAGUGCUGUUCAAUAAUUCGAGACCCUCCGCGCGGUUCAUCGACGGGAAGAUGUGCGGCUUGUUCAAGCCUACGCUGUCCCGCGUCAACGGGCCGAAGCCGACGCAGACGCUCUAUGGCGUCGACGUGCUCAAUCGGUCCGGAGUCAAGAUGUACGUCUGGCUGUUUUACUUCGAUUGCAGCACGCUCCAAAUCAAGGAAUACUACUCCCCGCCAGUCGUAUCCGGAGAUAGUGAAGCCCCAUUGCCGCCAUUCAUGAAGACGCCUCUUCCGCUCAACUAUGGCGAUUCUGGCGGUGUUCCGCUCGCGUUCGAGGUUCCGGCGGGCCUGACGUUCGACGGCGGUUUUCUUCGGAUAUUCCUCUCCACGAGGAAUCUUGAGCUAUCGACUAUCGAGCAAGACGGCAUAGUGACACCUGGCGAGGCGAUGGGAGUGCUGAAUAUGAAUCAGCUGAAGCUGGCUCCGGAUAUGUGGGACGCUAUCACGAUUCCCGUGAGGUUGGGAUAG